UAAAAAAUUCCGUCAGGGUAUUGCAGUCCUGCUUCAAGAAUGGCUGCUGUAAGCCAGUCGGAACCCCUGUGUCAGCCUUGCCUUUACCUUACGAGUUUUAAAGUGACUGUGAACAUAAGGAAACCCCUAAAACCAGUUCAUCUCAGCAGAAAAGAUGUGGCUUUGGAAAUCCUGUCUCUCUGUUGCCAGCUGGAUGUGCUUAUUAGAGCUGAAGUUAGCCUAUUACAGGAACAGCUGAAACAAGAUAUCAGUCCAGUGGAGUCAGAAACUUUUCAUACCCGAGGGAAAGAAAUUGUAGAACGAAUGAAGACUUCUCUGGGAUAUCUGCCUGAACCCAUUCCCGAGUUAGAGGAUUAUUUUGAUGCUGAAGGUCUGUCGGCAUUAUUUCCAAGAGUUGAAAUAUUUAUUAUACAUGGAAGACCAGUGGAUAUGCUAGAAAACCCUGCAAUGGAUGAGUACUUCAGCUAUGUUUCCAAACUAAACCAGCUUGUCGUUUUGAGCCAGCAGUUAGAAGAUGAUGUGCAACAUUUAGGGAGCCACAAAUAUAUAGCCCAUCAGCUGUCAAUCCUGUAUCAAGUUUUAAAACAGUUCACCUGGUAUCUGCCAUUUAACAUCCUUAAAAGAGAUAUUGAGGCCAACUUCAAAGCCCUGAAAGCAACAUUGGUGAAAGUUGAUGGAUGUAAACAAGAACCUCUUCUGCCUUCACACUUUGUUAGCUGGAUUCUUAACCUGAGUCACAGUAUCAUUCAGAUUGUUUCCUCGCUACCAGGUGAAUUGUCUGAAGAACUCAUGCCAGCAGUUUCCUUUUGUGCAAGCUUGUAAUGCAAGAUACAAUGCCUAACAAAGAGAUAAAAACACUGUUCAUCUGGGACUUUGUCUUCUGUCAUGAUUUCUGUUGUGCCUCUAAACUUUAAGAAAAGGAUUGGACCUUGAGUGACUUGUAUUGUGUAAUACUACAUUAUUUUGUUUUUUUAAAAAACAAGUAUAAAGAAAUUCUUCCUUUGAAAUAGUAAGCCCAGUCAAUGCUACUGUAUCAGAUCCAUUCAUUUGUCCUGUAAGUUUUGAGAGCUUGAAGGAUAACCCUACAUUUUUAUGAUAGACGUGAAAUAUGUAUAUUUAAUAUGUUCAAUAUUUAUUGUAUUUAUUAAUUUUAUUUAUGUACUGAAAUAUUUGUCUGAUUGCAUUCACUUGUCCUCCAUUCCAUGUACUCUAGAAUAUAACAUAUUGCUUAAUGUUCUGUUAGGUUUCUAUGUUAAUUUUACUGUUUUACAUCCAGAAGUACUAAUCUGAUCCUCAUAAGCUGUACUUGCCUAAUGAUUAGCUGUCAGCUGAUACUGAGCAUCUUCCCUCUCUGUUUUUACAUCAGGUCAGGGUAGAAAUAAUAAAUUGUAAUACAGUAAUAAACAUUGAUAUACCAGUUUUUAUUAUUGA